AUGUCUCCGAAGGCUUUGAGGUGCGUGACCCUGGCGGCCCUCCUAGGCCUGGCCAUCCACGCCGACACGGCCACAGCAGCCACGAGAUUAAACCCCAGUUCCGACAGCAGCUCCGACGACAGCAGCUCCGACAGCAACGAUGCUACCGCGCCGACGCCGGUGCCGGCCAUGCACGUCUCGAGCGCACCAACGUCCGCCGCCCGCGAAAUGACAACACCUUCCCCGGCGGCGAUGAUUGCCUUCACCGCCGCGCCUACCAUGCUCAUGAUGCCCGCUGGCAACGGCACCGCGUUCAACGGUACCGACACCCCUUCCCCGAACACGCCCAUCCCCAAGCCGGAGUGCAACAGCACCCAGGCGGUGAGCAUCCGCUACUCGGCAACGACAGGACGGCUCUACCUCGAGGCUGGCGUGGAAGGGGAGCGCGGCGGCUGCGUUACCGUGGAGCAGAUCUGGGAGGCUCGCGGGGGGGGCACCACGACCGGUGCUAAGGCUCCUCUUUACGCCGUCGACCCUGUAUCGGGUGAGUACAGCGACGUCAUCACCGGAACCUGGCUGCUCGAGGAAGACCUCUACGUUGAAGAUGGCAUCACCCUCAAGGUUUGGGGUAACGGGUCAGGGGGCUACGCGGACGAGCUGCGGCUUAAGAGCACCCCCCCGACCGAAGACGGAGGGAACGGAACCUACAUCAACCUUCGCGCCCACGGCGGGAGCCUCGACUUCGAGCACACCAAGGUUUUCGGGUGGGACACUACCAACAACUCGUACGACAUGGAUGAAACUGACGGACGCAGCUACAUCAGCGCCGUCUCCGAGAUCGUGUUGGACCCUACCCAGACCUGCGAGGGAAACGCCAAGAACACCAUGGGCGAGGCGCGCAUGGACAUCGUUAACUCUGAGAUGGGCUACAUGGGCUUCCACGACAGCGAGAGCUACGGACUCACUUGGAAGGUGCGAGGGUUCUGCAAGGACAAGUCCAACCCGGAGGUCUUCGACCAGGUGAACGUGUACGGCAAUAUCUACGACUCCGAGCUGCACCACAUGAACUUCGCCGUAUACACGUACGGGCACCAGCAGGGCGACUGGCGCCGCAACACCGUACACUCCAACUCCGGCUAUGGGUACGACCCCCACGACGACUCCGACUUCUUGACGAUCCACGACAACGUCGUGUACGACAACAACUGGCACGGCAUCAUCGCCUCCAAGCGGUGCAACAACGUGUCCAUCCAGGGCAACAUCGUGUACGGCGGAAACGACACCUCAGCGGGGAUCUUCCUUCACCGCAGCAGCGACUACGCCGUCGUCAAGGACAACCACUGCUACGGCAACGGCGACGCUGGCAUGGCCAUGCUGGAGUCCUCCAACGCCGAGAUCUCCGGCAACAUCUUCGAGGGGAACAAGUACGGCAUCCGCAUGUCCGUGGGCUGCCGCGACAACUUCGUUUCCAACAACACCAUGACCAACACCUCGCAGUACGCCAUUUACACGUACCAAGGCUCGGACCCCGCCGAGGUGCAGCCCACGGGCCGUUCCCAGGACAACAUCUUCGACUCCAACACCGUCGUCGGCGGCCCGCAAGCCAUCAAGCUGAAGGAGUCUGACGGCACCAGGAUCACCAACAACGUCUUCUACGAGCCCGGGCUCGUGGAGUUUUCCAACACCACCGAGAACGUUGUGACGGGCAACGUCGGCCUCGAGGACGCCACGGAGGUUGAGCUGGUCGAGCCCGCCUGCUUCGCGGAGACUGACGAGGCCUCCCUUGCCGAAUACUCCUGCUAACGCUAACGCUGUAACGCUAACGUGUUAUGCGAGUAGAUUACACCUCCUGAUGGUUGAAGUAGACGUCUGUCUUAGAAAUAAGAACCACGCGGCGGCGUGUGGUGUAGGUGAAAGCUGUUUUUGUUUCGAGAUGAACAUCCUUGUGCCGGUUGCUUGCUGCCAGCGGAAAGUCUUUCGGCGGCACGCGCACGCGGUCCCUGGUUUUCUCGAGCGAGGCACAGUGUUAUAAUGGAUUCUUGGUUGCCUAGUAAACUGAGACCGUGCGUGCUUACCGGGGGCAGUCUCACGCUUGCGGCAGCAGCAGCAGGAGGGUAGACAGCGUACGAAAGAGAGAAGGGAGUUACGCAAAGAUGUCGCGGGCCGUUCUCCACAGCCGAGCAGAACGCCCCGCGUGCAGGACUCCCCAGGUGCUUGAUCGCCUUGCUCUGGCGCGACGUCAUCUGUGCAUUUUUUGCCCGAUUCUUGCAAAGAUUGGCGGGCUUUGAUAAGUUCGUCACUGGAGAUUCAGUCACAGGUAUGUGUCCUUGGGCAACGCUCGUGUGCGAUGACAGUGUGCGUGAAUCCAUGGUGACUCGAGUCGGGGGUGCUUUGCGAAGACGUGUUUAAGUAGUAAUUGUUUGUCUCAAGGAGCGUUGGAAGCUCGAGCGGGAUGCGGAAAGGGGAGACGCCGAUGGCUCGACGUGUCUGUGGCGGUACCCCCCUAACCACCGGGUUUGAGGUUUUGGCGCGGAGCCCCCAACGUGCUUCGGAGAGACUUAGUUGUAAUCUUUGGCAUGGUGGCGCCG